ACCUGCGGAGUCUGGCACCCCUGCCAAAUGGAAGUCAUUUGCCGAUGCCCAUAGCAUCUCCUCUUCAAUAAGCCACAAGGGAAAGAAGAGAGCUAUUGCCAGGGACAAUGAUCCUAAGCACGCCAAGAAGUCUUGGAAUUUUAAGAAGGCAAUCAAAGAUAAUGUUUGCUUUUCUUGCAAAGGUGCUUGGGAGAAGGGUCACACCUGUCCUGAAAGGGAUAAUUACUUGACAAAGGUGUCAAGAAUGGCUGUGCGCUCACCUGCUGAUAGAUCAGUAGCUUCCUCCCCUGCUUGUGGUGGUUUCCCCCCUUCUCGUGAUAGUCAUUUCUCUGUUUGUGACAACUCUUCCCCUGUUGGUAGUUCCUCAACGUCGUGGUCGAUGGACCAAGAUAACACAAGUGCUUUGGCCAAGAUGGCCUUGAAUUAACCAUCGCCUUGUUGGACUGUGGCGCUACAUUCAGUUCUGUGGAUAAGAAUUUUUGUUUACAGAAUAAAAUAUCUAUUAAUUAUGUAAAUCACAUCAACAAAGAUUUAGUGAACAAUUCCAAUGUUCAUAAGUAUUUUAUUUGUUUGGCUGAUAGCAAUACACAUAUUAAAAGAAUUGGCACUUGUGUGAUCAGUAUAACUUGUAAUAGUAAGACUAUUCAGAGAGAAUUUGAAGUGAUGAACUUAACUAAUAGUUAUGAGUAUGAUUUCAGUAUUGGUACUGAUUAUAUGUCCACUCUGGGUAUUGGUAUUUAUGGUUUACCUUUAUCAUAUGAUGAUGCUAAUUCAAGUAAGGAACGUAGAGAAGCCGAUAGACGCUUCAAUAAUAAGAGUGAUCUUCUUGAAUCCAUUGAGAGAGAAAAUGAACAAAAGGAAAAUAAUCCGGCUGUAGGUCUCAAACAGUUUGAGGAUGCUAUGGAUUAUAUUCGUCCGUUCAUUAAAGACAAUCAAGAUAUUCCUAAGGGUUCGUUUUGUACUAUACCUGAAAGUGUUGUAUGUUUGGACACUCCAGAAAAUGCUACGGCGUUCAGAAGCCCUUAUCCCAUUCCUUACAAGAUGCAAGAUGUAGUGGAUGAACAGGUGAAAGAAUGGCUGGACAAUG